UAUACAGUAGAAACUUCAACGGUCUCUUCUUUGUUUCCGUAAAAAAGCAAAAAAAAAACUCACCCAUUUCCGCAGAACAGGGACGAAACUGCUAGAAAGAAAGAGAGAAAGAAAGAAGGGAAAGAAAGUGAAACAGAAAAGAAAGGAAAAAAAAAAAAAAAAGCGAGAGCCUGAAAUGGCCAAUUUGCCUCAGUCUCUCUCCAUGAAUGCUCCGUUCGGUGGUCCAAACUCGUCCGCGAAUGCCGUCGGAGUUCCGCCGAACAAAGAACGGAAAAUGCAAUCGGCUGAGCAGUUGGUGCUCGAUCUCAGCAAUCCUGAUCUCAGAGAAAACGCUCUUCUCGAACUUUCCAAGAAGAGAGAAUUAUUUCAAGAUUUGGCUCCAUUAUUGUGGAAUUCUUUUGGUACUAUCGCUGCACUCUUACAGGAGAUAGUUUCGAUAUACCCUGUUCUAUCACCGCCAAAUUUGACUCCUGCACAAUCUAACCGGGUCUGCAAUGCACUUGCCCUUCUUCAGUGUGUUGCUUCUCACCCAGACACAAGAAUGUUGUUCCUCAAUGCCCAUAUUCCUUUAUACCUGUACCCUUUCCUUAAUACAACCAGCAAAUCAAGGCCUUUUGAGUACUUGAGGCUUACUAGCUUAGGCGUCAUUGGUGCUCUGGUGAAGGUCGACGACACAGAGGUUAUUAGUUUCCUUCUCUCGACUGAAAUAAUUCCACUGUGCCUUCGUACGAUGGAAAUGGGCAGUGAAUUAUCAAAGACGGUUGCAACAUUUAUAGUUCAAAAAAUUCUACUGGAUGACGUGGGCUUGGAUUAUAUAUGUACCACAGCAGAGCGGUUUUUUGCAGUAGGUCGAGUUUUGGGGAAUAUGGUUGCAGCACUUGCUGAACAACCCUCAUCAAGGCUGUUAAAACAUAUUAUUCGUUGUUAUCUUCGAUUAUCUGAUAAUCCGAGGGCUUGUGAUGCAUUACGAAGUUGCCUUCCAGAUAUGCUAAGAGAUGCCACCUUCAAUAGUUGCCUUCGUGAAGAUCCAACAGCGAGAAGGUGGCUUCAACAGUUGCUUCACAAUGUCCAAGGGCCUAGGGUUGCUCUACAGGGUGGGGGAGGAUUUGAUCAUUUGCUGGUGAACUAAAUUGGUCGUAUGUACCUUCAGUUGUUACCUGUACCCAGAGCAUUGCAAGUGUUGUUACUUGUACCCAUAUCUAGGGUGAUUUUAUUGGUUAAUUUAGUAAUAUGUGUGUGGGGUGUGGGAUGUGGUGAGAGGAAGAUAAGACUGACAUAAUAAGCUGUUACAGAUAUUUAUGUAAUUCAUUGUCUAGUUAGUUUAUUUAUGCUACUUUAGUGUUCUUGAGAUAUUCCAACCAGUUGAUGUGGGAUACAAAUUUCUUAACUGAGAAUUUUUGUUUGGGUUAGGCUACUGGUGAUACCUCAUGAACAUUGGAUAUAUGUAAUGUUUAUUAUUUAUGUGAUGUAAAUACAUAAAUAUUACUAGUAUUUAUUAAGGUUUUAUUAGUUAUAUAUGA